AGCGUGUGAAUGCAAGUACUCCUUUCUCUCAUUGUUUGAGUGACUGCAGGUAUUGGUGUCUGCCUCUGAACGUGCGCGCGUGUGUGUGUGUCUGGGAGUGUGUGUGUUGGAGAGGGAAAGAGAUAAAAAGAGAGAGUGAGGCGAGCAGUGUUUCUUUUCCCCCUCUAGCCUCCCCGUCUCCCUGCUCCCUGUCACUCCGUUCUUCCUCCCUCCCGGACCACCCUGCCUCCAGUCGGAUAGACCCUGGACCUCCCCAGGACCCCCCUCCCAUCACCCCUUUGACUCUCCUCACUUCUCCGACCCGCUUUGUCAACUGAGCAGUUUUUCCAACGAAUCCAAUAUAAACCUGAAGAGGAACAUAUUAUUGGACACUUAAACCAUUUGAAGUGGUCACCAAGGAAGCAUUGCUCAGGUAGAACGGCACUGGACAGACGGAAGUCUCCCCAGUCCUCUGGAAGGUUGACAGCACAAGGUCACAUGACCUGGAAGAGAAAACCCAGGAGACUUUUGGGAUCCCUUUUUGAAUGGGCCGGUUAUCAACCUGGAAACAAGUCUAAAGGCUGAUGAACUGAUCUGCACGGUCGUCCCCUCUGCUCUCUGCCAACCGGCUCCAUUAAUGCCCUGAGAACCCACGGCCUAGCGCAACUCUGGUGACUGGCUGGCUACUGUACCAUCACACUCCUCCCAUUCCUGAGGAAACCCUCUUCACGACCACACUCCUCCUCUCUUCACCUCCACUCCCAGUAUGGAACCCAACAAAGUCCAGCCAGAGGGCGGCCUCAAUGUCACCCUCACCAUCCGCCUCCUCAUGCACGGCAAAGACAAUGAAGCAAAUCACACCACCAGGCUGUGUAAUGGCUACUUGACCAAGGAGAGUGAUGGGUUGCUGCUUCUGAUGACCUGUCCUCCACAAUCACACAACCUGAACCCAGUUGAGAUGGUUUGGGAUAAGUUGGAUCACAGAGAGGUUGGAAGUAUUAUUGGCAAGAAAGGGGAAACAGUGAAGAAAAUGCGCGAGGAGAGCGGAGCAAGAAUCAACAUCUCUGAGGGCAACUGCCCCGAGCGGAUCGUCACCAUCACCGGCCCAACCGACGCCAUCUUUAAGGCCUUUGCCAUGAUUGCCUAUAAAUUUGAGGAGGAUAUAAUCAAUUCCAUGAGCAACAGUCCAGCAACCAGCAAGCCCCCUGUCACUCUGCGUCUGGUGGUGCCAGCCAGCCAGUGUGGAUCUCUCAUUGGGAAGGGAGGUUCCAAGAUAAAGGAGAUGAGAGAGUCCACAGGGGCACAGGUUCAGGUGGCAGGGGACAUGCUGCCUAACUCCACAGAGCGUGCCGUGACAAUCUCUGGGACCCCUGAAGCCAUAAUCCAGUGUGUCAAACAAAUCUGUGUGGUCAUGCUUGAGUCCCCACCGAAAGGUGCCACCAUUCCCUACCGCCCAAAGCCCGCCUCCACCCCCGUCAUUUUUUCAGGUGGCCAGGCCUACACAAUUCAGGGACAAUAUGCCAUCCCACACCCAGAUCAGUUGACCAAGCUCCACCAGUUGGCUAUGCAGCAAACCCCCUUUACCCCCCUCGGACAGACCACCCCUGCUUUCCCUGAUCCUGAGAAUCACGAGGAGGAACACCAUCAAAAACAUCCAGCUGUCAAUGUUCUUCGAAUUUGAAAAAAGCAAGACGGUUGCACUUUAUUUGACGGUGAAAUCACUAUUUUGUACUUUUCUUUCAGAGCAGGCAAUGCACCAAACAAUAGGCCUAAAUAACCUCGUACUCUCUUUCACAAACACCUGACUAACUGUACAUGACUGUACAGUGGGGUCCAAAAUGAUUGUAAUUAUUAUUGCAAUUGAUUGAAUUACACCCUUGAUAAAGAUGAGCAAAAAAGACUGUAAAAAUAAAGAAUAUUUGUAUGCUAAAAAAAUUGGGAAAUUAUGGUAUUUUAUACUGUUACAAUUACUCAGAGAAAGAGGUUUUGUUUAAUUAACAAGUGAUAUCUUUUUUCUCGAAAAAGUGGUCAAAAUUAUUGCCACCCCAGUUUUCAAUACUUUUCAAUACCUCACCUUGCGAGGAUAAUGGCACUGAGCCUUUUUCUAAAAUGUUUUAAGAGAUUGGAGAACACAUUGGGACCAUUCCUCCAUACAGAAUCCUUCCCGAUCCUUGAUAUCCUUCACCUGCGCUUAUGGACUGCCCUCUUCAUUUCAAACCACAGGUUUUCAAUGGUUUUCAGUGGUGUUCAAGUUCAGGGGACUGACCUUUGGAAAAUUUUGAAUUUGUUGUCAUUUAACCAUUUAUUUGUGGAUUAUGUGUGCUUGGGGUUAUUGUCUCCCUGGUAAAUCCACUUGCUGCCAAUUUUCAGCCUCCUGGCAGAGGCAACCAGGUUUUUGGCUAAAAUCUCCUGGUACUGGGUAAAGUUCAUGAUGCCAUUCACCUUAACAUGGGUCCAAGUGAAAGCAAAAUAGCCCCUUAACAUCAAAGGUAGAGCACCAUAUUUUACAGUAGGUAUGGGGUUAUUUUCUGCUUAUGCAUCCUUAUUUCGACGCCAAACCCACCACUUGUGUGCGUGGCCAAAGAGCUCUAUUUUCAUGUCAUCCAACAAUUGUAAACACCUGAAGUUUGAUAAACGGCAUUGGCACUUAGAUUGGAAUCAGUGCUAUGGUAAAAUUACAUGAAAAUACAACUCUUCGGCCACACACAUUGUUACAGGCCUUGGUUUUUCUCUCCAUUUUAGCUUGUGUACCUAGUUCCUUAACACGUUCAGGGCUGAUUUUACCAUAUAAAUCUUGGUGGGGCAACAAAAAAUAAGUGGGAUGCAUGCCAGCAAAGGCACUACACAACACAACACUAAAACAUACAUUAAUUGCACUAUAGCGGUGCCCACAAACUGUUAGGGCCUGUCAUCAAAGUGUGACAUUCUCUGGAUUUAUGGUGCUUUCAAAACAACUGGGAAUUCUGGAAAAAAAGCAAGGCAGCUGUCUAUCGUUGUCUCUGAUUGAAGCCAUAUUUAGGUAGCCUGUUUUCCCAUUUUGAGUUGUGGGUGAAUAUUUUCUUGGUUAGUGUUUGUCGCAUCUUCAGAACUGUUCGUUUAUCGUUUUGUUGUUUUUGUUCGUCUAUUCAUCCUUAAUUAAAAGUAGUAUGGAUACGUACCACGCUGCACUUUGGUCCUCCUCUCCUUCCGCCAACGAAAAUCAUUACAAUAAAUUUGUGUUGACGUAAAACUACUUUCACAAGCAAGGCACUAAGUACCUAUCCCUACACAAAGAAAUAUCCAGAGAAGUCACCACUCACUACAAAGCUUCAGUCUUUUUCUCCAGUGCCCAAAGACAGGGGUGGGCAAAAAACUGGUUCCUUGUAUCCACCAAUUUGUCAUUGCUGCCAUGAGAAAGGCCACACUGUCCUAAGUUAAAACAGAAAAUGAGAUAGAGAAAAAGCAGUUUCUUCUUGUGGGAGCCCUCCAGCCCAUUAAGUUUCUGGUUGGGACUGGUUUAUCUCCUAAACAAGCGUUUUGGUCAGACUUGAAUGAACCCUUUGUUUCAGAUGGGUUUGUGUCUCUGUAGAGUGGUGAUACUGUUAAGCAGUCUUUAAAGAUAUUGCGGGACACUGGGUCAGCCGAGUCCUUCAUUGUGGAGGGUGUUUUGCCUUUGAAACUUUUGCAACUGGUUACAAUGUGUUAGUUCAAGGCAUGGAGGUGGGCUGCAUGGUAUUUUCAUGCAGUCCAUCCAUGUAGUGAACCAUUCAUGCAGUGAAACUCGAGUCUGAUCUUGUUUCUGGUCCUGUGGUCGCUGGAGUGAAGCUAGUCUACAUGUGAAGGGGGCCUCAUUAAUUUUGGGCAACGAUUUGGCUGGUGGGAAGGUUGUGCCAAAUCCUGUCGUUUGUAAGGUGCCCAGAGUAGAGGAACCUGACGGGUUAUCAAAUAAAUACCCUACAGUCUUCCCAGCAUGUGCUGUUACAUGUGCCGUGACUAAGAAGAUUGCUGAAAGGAAGUCUAUUGUUGAGGAGGAUGUCACCGAUCCCACCAUGUUUGUCCUGUUUGUGAUAUUUAGGUGUGGUCCUGACUUCGGUAAUCCCUCCAGAGUUUGAAAAGUCCCAAAGGUGAGCGAGUUAGCAGGACAUCUGAAAGAAGAGAGGGUCCCUACAGUUGACACUUCGAUGUCUAGGAAGCAGCUGAUUUCCAAACAGAGAAAGAUGCUUCUCUCUCCCCUCUUUCUGGUACAAUACGUCCAGAAGAGGAAUUUGAUUAAGUUUGUGGGGUACUUUGACAGAGAUGAUGUUCUGAUGAGGAAAUGUCAGUCUCAUGCCACUUCUGGGCAAGACAACUGACGGAGUUACAGUCCAACAAGAGAUACUGAGGGACGCAUAACUUCUUAUGGCCUGGUCUGAAAAAUUAUGUUGUAGCUUACUGUACUCAUCCUGUCGCAUUUGCCAGCUGACGGGUUAACCCAAUCAAACUGUUCCGGUUGCAUCUUUUCAGCCUAUACAUGCUUUAGACAAACCUUUCCGACAGGGUUCUGGUGGACUGUGUUGGUCCUGCUUAUUCAUCGAGAGCAUGAGGAAAGCCAGAUUCGCCCUGUGCCUGUGGUAUGGUUGAGUAACUCAGUGAUCCUGCAAAACGAUAAUGGAUUUUUGGUACACUUAUCUACAGGGAUAAAGGCGACAUUGCUGCACUACUUUUAGAAUAUCAAGGUUUAUUCUCAGAUGUGCUGACUCAGACAAAUUUAGAGCAUGACAUUGACGUUGGGGACUCUGCCCCAAAUAAACAGCACGUCUAUCAAGUGAAUCCUGAAAAGAGAGAGAAACUCUGCAGCAAGAUGUAGUUCAUGCUUGCACACCGCAUUGCACAACAUGGCAACAGUCUGUGGAAUUAGCCCUGUAUAAUAGUACCUCAGCCGGGUGGGUCUCUGCAUUUUUUCCCCAGAUUUUUCGUAAACACAAUACCAUUACUAAGCCAGACUCAUACCCUUUGCCCAGGGUCAACAAUUGUGUAGACUGUGUUGGUGCUGCCAAGUACGUUAGCAAGUUUGAUCUGCUGAAGGGAUAUUGCCCCUCUAUCUGAGGGCGCCGAAGAGCUAUCUGUUUUUGUUUUCUUACCUUUGUCUUCUGUUCAGUUUAAGGAAUGCCACGUUUGAAUGUGUAUGCACAUCGCACAACAGUGUAUCUCGGGAAGGGCCAAGGAAAAGUCAGACCGGUCUUCUCGCCAGGAAUUGCACCGAACUUUGCCCAGGUUGUUGCUUCACCUGGUAUGGCAACUGCUCGGCAUCUGACCGUAAGGUGCUACAGAGGGUAGUACAUCACUGAGGCCAAGCUUCCUACCAUCCAGGACCUAAAUACUAGGAGGUGUCAGAGGAAGGGCCAAAAAAUUUGCAAAGACUCCAAUCACCCAAGUCAUAGACUGUUGUCUCUGCUACUGCACAGCAAGCGGUACCAGAGCACCAAGUCUAGGACCAAAAGGCUUCUUAUCAGCAUCUACCCCCAAGCCAUAAGAUUGCUGAACAACUAAUCAAAUGGUCACCAGGACUAUCCCUUUGUUUUUACUCUGCUGCUACUCUCUGUUUAUUAUCUAUGCAUAGUUACUUUACAAAUGAGCUUGACUAAACUGUACCCCCCACAUUGACUCGGUACCGGUAUCCCCUGUAUUUAGCCUCAUUAUUGUUAUGUAAAUUCUUGUGGUACUUUUUACUGCAUUGUUGGUUAAGGGCUUGUAAGUAAGCAUUUCACAGUAAGGUCUACACCUGUUAUAUUCGGCACAAAUAACAUUUGAUUUGAUUUCAGUGCCUUAGAAAGUAGUCACACCCAUUGAAUGUUUCCACAUUGUGUUGGUUACAGCCUCAAUUCUUACAAAUUAAUAAAAAAUGAAAAGCUGAAAUGUCUUUAGUCAAUAAGUAUUCAAACACUUUGUUAUGGCAAACCUAAAUAGGUUCAGGUGUAAAAAUGUGAAUAAUAACAUAGUAAGUUGCAUGGACUCACUCACUCACUGUGUGUAAAAAUAGUGUUUAAUUACACUUUGGAUGGUGUAUCAAUAAACCCAGUCACUACAAAGAUACGGGCAUCCUUCCUAAUUCAGUUGCCGGAGAAGAAGAAAACAGUUACAGAGUUUAAUGGCUGUGAUAUGAGAAAAAUGAGAAUGGAUCAUCAACAUUGUAGUUACUCCACAAUACUAACCUAAUUGACAGUGAAGAGCAGGCAGCCUGUACAUAAUAAAAAACAUUCCAAAAUGUUGGCAAGGAAUUAAAGUAAUACUGCAGAAAAUGUGGCAAAGCAAUUUACUUUUUGUCCUGAAUACGUUUUAUGUUUGGGGGUAAAUCCAAUACAACACAUUGCUGAGUAACACUCUCCAUAUUUUCCAGCAUACAAGUGGCUGCACCAUGUUAUGGGUAUACUUGUAAUCGUUAAGGUCUGGGGAGUUUUUCAGGAUAAAAAAGAAAGGGAAUGGAGCUAAGCACAUGCAAAACCCUAGAGGAAAACCUGGUUCAGUCUGCUUUCCACCAGACACGGGGAGAUGAAUUCACUUUCAGCAGAACAAUGACCUAAACCACAACCCCAAAUAUAGACCAGAUUUGCUUACCACGGCGACAUUGAAUGUUCCUGUGUGGCCUAGUUACAGUUUUGACUUAAAUCGGAUUGAAAAUCUAUGGCAAGACUUGAAAAUGGUUGUCUAGCAAUGAUCAACAACCAACUUGACAGAGCUUGAAUAAUUUUGUAAAGAACAAUGUGUAAAUAUUGUAUAAUCCAGAUGUGCACAGCUCUUAGAGACUUACCCAGAAAUAUUCAGAGCUGUAAUUGCUGACAAAGGUGAUUAUAACAUGUAUUGGCUCAGGGCUGUGUACACUUCUCGUUUUCAAUACAUUUGCAAACCGUUACAAAAACAUGUUUUCACUUUUUCAUUAUGUGGUAUUGGAUGUAGAUGGUUAAGAAAACAAAUGUCAUCCUUUUUGAAUUCUGUCUGUAACAACCAAAUGUGGAAUAAAUCAAGGGGUAUGAAUCGUUCUUGAAGUCACUGUAUGUGUCAGCCUCUACCCGUCUAGCUACCCCUCUAGUGGUCUAUACCGAUCAUAACCUCUCGCGUUUUCCUGCAAAGGACUAGUUCCACAAAUGACCGGCUCCUUCACUGGAAUCUGAUAUUGCAGAAGUUCCCCCUUGAAAUUCAACAUGUCUGCGGCAAGGACAACUUGAUCUUUCGAGGGUGGGCAGUCAAUACGAUUUGUGUGUUCUGUGUUUAGCCAGCAAAUUGAACUUCUGCACAUUUUAGAUUUCCUGCAUGUUUUCCAUAGACAUUUGUUUUGUUUUGUUUUGGCUCUUAAGUUUAACAGAGAAAUAUUUAAAAGUGUCAUUUUCCCUCUGUUUUCACAAUCUUGCACUUUACGCAGCUACUUUAUUUUCUAUAUAUACAAAAAUAAUAGGGAUGUAAAAGCUAACUGGUAGUCUAGCUAACAAAUAAUACAAUUGACUUCCCUUUUUUUAGCUAGCUAGUUCCAGACAAUUUUCUCAUCAUGAAUGAAGUAAGUAUAGUAACAACAUUUUCUUGCAAUAUCGACACAAUUUAGAUUUAUGCAUUGACAGUUUGGAGUGGACACAGACCAACACUCUACCCUCACGUUGGGUCUGGAUUACCAAGAGACUGCCACUGACGACCCAAUCAGCACUCAUCUCAUUGUCCAUAAUAACAGAAAGGGCAGGCAGGGGUAUUGAGGGUGUGCAACUUACAUUUUUUGUUAAAUAAAUAACUUUCCGCAAAGAUUGGCCUACGUUUGCAUAUUUCCAGAAAAUGUAUGAUUGGAGCUGUGGUUUUGAAUUUCUGCAUUUCUGAAACAGAAAUAGCAGAGACAUGCAAGGAUGAAACAUUACAUGAUUUGUAAAUCAUAUAUAUAUUUUAAUGAUAUCUAUUGAAAAUAUGAAUAAGUUGAGAAAUACAGAUACAUAAAUGAUCAGAUAUGAUGCAUUUCUGAAAACGUGGAUUUGUUCAUGCCUGAGUAUAAAGGCUUAGAUUUGUCUGCAUGUUGACACCCGGAGUUUGAAUAUUCAACAAAUAUGCAUGCUCAUCAGGUGCGUGUCUUGAAAGUAUCUCAACCCAGAUAUCUCCCUGGACUCAAAUGGUAGCAGGGAGAUUUUGGAGGUCCAGAUUGAAUGUAUGUAUAAACUGUCCCAUUACCGAGAAUACCCUAGCUCCGUAUAGGAAAUUAAACUCCCUAGAUUCGAUGUUCGCGCAUCUGUGAAAAUCGAAUUACCAAAA